AUGAAGUGCAGCCUCCGGCCAGUUGAAUGUCGCAGACUGUGGCUGCGCUGCCUGGUCGUGUUGAGUGCUACCUUCAUGUGCAGUUUGGCUGGGCACGGAUUCUGCAGAACCUGGGCGCAGAGACGCAGCGUCGAGCAGAAAUCGCACGAUUUUCGCAUCAUCUCCAAUGCCAAAGGGUUUGGAGAUGAGGGGAUUAGAUCCCCGAAGUCGACACGCUGCCCCUGCCUCUCCGGCAAGCACUACAAGGUGUGUUGUCGCCAGAUUCACAAGGAUUUGACCGCAGCCGACACGCCUGAAAAGAUGGCGAGAGCAAGGUUUUCUGCUCUUGCCAUGAAGAAAUACGACUUUUUGAUAGACACGACCCACUCGACGCACGUGGACUUUCAGGAGGAUAGACAAGCUUGGAAGAAGCAGAUUGUGCGCAACAAUCGGGGAUUUCGGUACAUUGGCUUGAAUGUGACCGCGUCCGAGCAGCGCGAGGAGGACCUUUAUGCCGUGACCAUAGAAGCUGCUGCAGAGCCUGAGAAGGUUUCCGAUGUUCCCAAGGUGCUUCUUCUCCAAGAAUGCUCCGUGUACCGGCGUGAAGGGGAGACCUGGAAGUAUGUGGCAGCGGAGGGCUUGAAAAGGGAGGUCGUGGAAGGGGCCGGAUCCGCCCAGCAACUCGUGUUCUUUGUGAUAGCUGAUUUCUGCAUCUGUCGUGGCACACGACAGCUCUGGAUCUUGCUAUGGCUAGGGCUCCUGAUCAGCAUCAACGAGGUGGUGGUGAAAAAGUGUUUCGCCGAACCUCGUCCUGGCAGCCGGCUGGAGCUGCGAGGAGAGCACGGCCGGCUGCAAGGUUCCUGCAUAAUGACAUGCGGGAUGCCUUCCAGUCAUUCGGCAAUAGCCAUGGGCUGGUUCACCCUGUCGAUCCUCGACGCGACCGUCCGGACCCACCUUGGCACCUCACGACAAGCUACAGUGACAGGCGGGCGUAUCACACAUACUCAAUCGAUCCUAAUGGCAGAGCAAAAGAAAAUUGUGCAUUUCAUGAAGAACUUCUGUCUUGUUCCUUGGGUCAAGAAAGAUGUACUGAACGUGCGAGAGUUGAUCUCAUUUGGCCUCUUCUGGUUCUUCCUCAUGGUGCCUGUUCCCUUCAUGAGAGUGGUCCUAUGUGACCAUACUCCAAACCAGGUGGCCGUGGGCUCCACCUUGGGCCUGGUCCUGGCUGUGCUCUGGUGGCGUGCCGUGCGGGUGCUCCAGCGGAGGUUCCGAAACCUGGAAGGCCGGCAGAUCUGCUACGGGCUGCUCUGGCAUGACUAUUUCCUCCCGGUGCCCGAACACGAGGAGAUACUGCGCAGGCAGCAGCAGCUUGAACUGGGCCAGACACGUCAGCCUCCUUUGCGCACAUUCUGA